AUGACAGAAGAACAAAAAAGAUUUUUAGAAGAAUGUGAAAUUGAAUUUAAAGAUCGUUUUACUGAAAACGAUAUUGAAUUUAUGAAAAUUAAAAGAGCAAUACCAAAAAAACCACCAAUUGUAGAUCCAUGGUACAAUAAACCACGUAAACAACCAUAUGAUUGGGGUCAACAAAAUCAAGGACAUGGAAGCCGUAAUCAUAAUUGGGACCGUAGAAGUCUUGAAAGAGGUGAUAGAUAUGAUCGUCAUGAUGGAAAACAUUAUGUUCAUUAUCAUAAUACGAAGCCAUAUUAA